AUGGCCAUGCCCAAUGGAUGUCCAAAAGAUGUCUCGGUCAAGGGGACUCAGUUCUCACCAGACCCGGGUGAAGAAAUCCUGAUGAACAGGCACAUUCUGAUUUACCAAGCUGCCCAGGAUGGAGUGAGGAUGGAGCCAGAAAAUCCUCACCGCAAGUCCUUUUCACUUCGGCUUCGGUCGUCUUCUGCACCCGAAAAUGCAAUUGUCUGCAGCCUCGGCACAUCCAGCCCCCCAGCCAGUGAACGGUUCCGCCACCUCCAACAUUCAGCCAUGGCCGUUCAGCCCCGACGCAUUCGCGGAGCAGUGCUCUUGGGCCUGUGCUUGUGCAGCAUUUGGACCUUUUCUGCACAGCAAGCAUUCACCAAGACAGAGGUCAUUGAGGAGACGGAUGUUUCCACUGGUGUGAAGUUGGUGGCAGAGCAUCCACUCCUCUUCAGCUUCCUGAGCAUGGCCCUGUGCGGAGCGCUCUGCUGCACCGAGAAUUCCGCCACCCCUCGCCAGGGCAACGCGGAGGACCGCGCGGACUACAACAGCUUCUUGAUGAUUCAGAACAUCCUUUGCUUCGCCUCCGGCAUUGUGAACGCUUUGACCAUCAUCGACAUGGGCAUGACGGUGUCUCACCAGUCGGGCAACACGUCUCACACGGGGCGUCUCAUCAUGAACGGCGGCGCCAAGUUCGGACACCUCUUGGCCUCCUUCUGCUUCGGUUCCUUCUUCGCGGGCUUCAGCAAGUCUGACUGCGAGGCCAUCUACUCAGGCCGCUACUCCCCCAACUUGUUGGCUGCCACCAUCGCGGUGGUGCUUGGAUGCACGGUGCACUACUGCAAGGAGCAUGGCGGUGCGGGCAAUGACAACACUUCGGAAUGCUUGCUGCUCUUCGCCUUCUCUCAGGGUAUCCAGAACGGCAUCACCCGCCGCUGCUUGUCGCUGCCCAUUUGCACCACUCACUUCACUGGCUACCUCACCGACGUGGGCACCGGCUUCGGCGCCUGGGCCCGUGCCACCAUGAACGGCGAGAAGCCUCCUACCCUCCUCAAGGUCUUGCUCUUCUUCGCGGGCACCCUCUUCUUCUUGCUGGGUGGCGUAGCGGCCAAGGAGCUUCACGGGCCUUACAACAUGCAGGGUGCUUUGGUGGCUGCCGGCCUCAUGGGCGCGAUCUCCGCUGGGCUGGUCCCCGUGGUGAAGGUGAAGAAGACCUCCCCGUGA